AUGGGUCCAAUCUAUGAGCAUGGCCCUAACCAUCAAAAACAAGAAAGGUUUGUUGAUGGAACUCUCAACAAACCGGUUGACAACCCUAAUGAACAACGACAAUGGGAUCGUUGCAACAUGCUUGUUAAGACUUGGCUGCUAGGAGCCAUGUCGAAGGAAAUUUCCAGCAGUGUGAUUCAUUGCAAAGAUGCAAGAGGCAUGUGGCUUGAAUUUCAAGAAAGAUUUUCUCAUACCAACACGGUUCAACUGUUUCACAUCGAGAAUGCAAUCCAUGAUUGUGAGCAAGGUACAAACUCGGUCACAUCCUUUUUGACAAAGCUCAAAGGCCUCUGGGAUGAGAAGGAUGCACUUUGUGCGUUUCCCCCUUGCAGUUGUGACACAGCCACAGAAGUGAAGGCUUAUAUGGAGACGCAAAAGACCAUGAAGUUCUUGAUAGGGCUCAGCAACAAUUAUGCAACGAUCUGA